AUGGAUACCAACGCAUCCAAACCCCGACGUGCUUGCGAUGCAUUCGAAAAGUUCAAAGCCAAAAAAAGUCAGCAACGUGCAACAUUCUUUCGUGGAAAAACAAAAAAUACUGCCCAAAAAGACAAAGAUGUGAUAAUCAAUAUCGGGGUUAUGAAGUAUGACCGUUAUUGUGCAGAUUCCUCAACUGCCUAUACGCCAAUGAGGGGAAAAUCAUUGCCGCUGAAAAUAAACAAAGACGCAAAUUACGCUCAACUUUUGAUAGCAGCAUUGACAAAAAGAAAGGCAUAUGAUCAGUCGUUCAAUGAGAAGCUGGACUGGGAUAUUGUGUACCCAGAUGGACAGAGUGCGUCAAGUUUACCAGGGCAACCUGAUACACCUUUUUGCCUUAGUACCUAUAAGGAGGAUCUUGGAAAGAAUUAUUCCAGAAUAGUUUUAUAUCUCUGCACAGAAAAUUCAGAUGAAAACAAUGAGAGUGUUGAGGAAGAUACAUUCGAUCGUAUUGGUACGUCAUGUAGUGAUGGCAAGGAAUCACAGUCAAAUGAGUCAAUCGAUAUGGAAAGUAGAGAAGAAAUGGGAAACAACAAGUAAGUUAUUCCUUAUUUUCCAAAUAUAGAAUUCAUAGACAUAGUCCCUACAAAGUCCAAACCUUCUUGUAAGUCUUGUAAUAUUCCAUCUGUCAAUGGAAAACCUUGAAUGGUUGUCAAGUUGUCAUGUAAGCAUACAGGGGUUUUGGGGUCAGCAGCCUCCAUUUUCUCAGUAAGUGUCAUGUAUGAUAUUAAUGGUCAAUAAACAAGUCUGCAAAUUGUAUUAUUCUUACACUUACCUACACAGGCACACAACAUUCAAUAUAUUAUCAUUUGUAUUUUUAUGCACAAAAUUUUAUGUUUUGGCUUUGGGUAGGAUAUUUAAUUAAAUUCUGACUAAAGCUAUUGUACACUGUAUCCUGUGUUGCUGAAAGAAGCACAUUUCUUUCAUUAUUAUCAUUAUUAUCAUUGUUUUAAUUAAGGAGUGAAGUUAGUCACGUGAGCACAAGUGUUGACAGAGACUCGUCCAACACAGUUACAUCUGUCCAAGAAAUGUCACCAAUGAAUCAUGGAGAAGGACCAAGCACAUCAACAAUGAACCCAACUGGAGAUUUUGAUUGGUUGUAUGCAUCAUGGUUGUGUGAUGAGGUAGAUCUUGCUGGUUAUGAAAGCAUGAGUGAUGUGGAAAUGGAAGUAGGCCCAAAUGACAAUCAGUCUUCCAAUUCCCAGCAUUCCACAGUGUCACUACCUGAUAUACUUAAAAAACUAUCCAGUGUUAUUAAUCAGCAUUCCACAGUGUCACUACCUGAUAUACUUAAAAAACUAUCCAGUGUUAUUAAUUUAGAUUCAAUAUCAAAAUUCAACAUUAGUCGCAGCCAUGUAUGGGAGGGGACAGUAAGAGCUCUAACAAGAAAAUCCUUUUCACCCCAUAAUAAGGUUUCUGUCAAGUUUUGCGAUGAUGUUGGUACAUCAGAAGGGGCCAUAGAUUUGGGGGGACCCAAAAGGGAAUUUUUUACCUUGGUUCUAGAUUGGUUAAUGCAUUCACAGCUUUUUUGUGGCAGUGAUAGUUCUAAGUACUUUUCAUGUAAUGCUACCUCUCAAGGUAACAAUGACUAUUUCCAUGCUGGAGAAAUAGUAGCAAUGUCUCUUGUUCAUGGAGGUCCUGGUUUUGGGUGUCUCUCACCAAGUCUUUAUCAGUGCAUUGUGGAAGGCCCUAAUAAUGUUCUUGUCAAUGUGAGUGAUGUAUAUAUGAUGUUGAAUUAA